CUGAUAAUGAAAACAUUAACAUCUAACAGUAAACUAUGGUCACCUGUAGCAUAAACAGACACGGCCGCAGUAAGCGACACAGCCUGUCUCCCUUGGUGUGAAAAAGUCGGAAGAUGUACCACGCACCAGCGUCAGCGACGCGCCCCAAAAGCGACAGCGUCGCCAAAACCCUGCUGCGAGUCAGCGGGGCCCCAGUGGGGAAAAUCGCCGAGGGCGCAAGCCGCGCAGCCACCUCGAUGGCGACAGAGCCGCCCUAGGUUCCUCCGCGCCAAGCUUGGCGCGAUUGCUUAAGCAGCGCCGGCGUGUGAAGCAGCUCGCGCGACCGAGUCCGACGAUGGCCCGUGACGCUUGCCCGCGGCAGCGGUCUCUCGGUCAGCCGGAAUCGUUGCUGGUCCUGCGGGCCCAGCGUCGAAAUUGUUGCUCGCAUGGCCGCGCUUGUUUUUCAAGCGUACCAAGCAGACGCCCGGGCGGGCCGUAGGAAGGCGAGACUGACCCACCUGUGGACCCAUUGGGCACAGGGCAGCAGUGGCCACGCCCGUCAGCAGACGCACCCCGCGGGUGUGUCUUGGCCGGGCCGGCCUACUGUUAGCGAACCGAACGAAGCCGCGGGCCUCAUGUUGAGAACAGCCCCGCGCACGCCUCCAGAUUGGGGCACACAGCGCAGCCGCGCAGAACUUGGCGGCUUGGUCCCUCACCCGGGCCCCCCUCGCAGGGAGACCGCGGACGGGCCGCGGGGUGUCCUCCGGUAA